AUGGCAACUUCUGACACAUUAAAUUUUAUAGAAAAACCAAUGAUUGAUGAGAUUAUUAAAAAAUUUGAAUACCAUGAAUUUCAAUGUAGGUUUACAAACUUAAACAGUCCUGGUGAUGAAAUAAGUAUCACUAUUAAUCAAGAAGGCUUAUUUACACUUCCAUCUGAAGCUUAUACACAUGUUGAAGGAAGACUUCUAAAAGCAGAAGGUACAUACUAUGCUAAUACAGAUGCUGUAACACUUGUAAACAAUUGUAUUAUGUACUUAUUCAAUAGAGCAGAGUAUAGCUUAUCAGGUCAAUCUGUAAAAAAUAUUAUUAAUUUAGGUAGAGCAACUACAAUAUUAGGAUUGUUCAAGUAUCCAAAUUACUUUCAAAAUGUUCAAGGUAUGAACCAAAUAUGGUAUAAAGAUUCAUCAACGUCUGCAUCGAUUGCUGCAAAUGCAGGAUUUGCAGCAAGACAAUCCUAUUUAAUUCAAAGUCCAAAUGCAAAACGAAAAUUUUCAUUUUGUGUUCCUCUUAUACAUAUUUUUGGAUUCUAUGAUACUUAUGAUAAAGUUGUUUAUGGAUUAACGCAUACACUUACUCUAAUUAGAGAUGGUAAUAAUAAUGCAAUUUUUAAAGCUCUAGGCGCAGCUCUUGAUGGAAAAGUUAAUCUUACUAAAGUAUCACUUUUUAUGCCACAUGUUAAACCACAUCUUGAAUUUGAACUUAAGCUUAAUAAAGAAAUUGAAUCAAAAGUACCACUUCCAGUAUCUUAUAGUGAAAGGCAUUGCCAAUUUGCAAGCGUUCCACGCAAUACUGAUUUUACUUGGACACUUAACAUAACAUCAUGUAGUACAAGACAUAGAUUUAUCAUUGUUGGAUUCCAAACAAAUAAAAAUGGAAGUCAAGAACAAAAUUCUGCAAUAUUUGAUCAUUGUGACAUGAAAAAUAUGUACGUAACUCUUAAUUCACAAAGUUAUCCUAAAAUUGUUAAUUAUAAUCUAUCAUUCCCAGAUCAACAAUUUUCAAGAGCUUAUAGGGAUGCAUCUUUAUUUACUAAAAAGUUUUAUGGAAUGAAUGAUCUACUAACACAAUGCAGCAUAAAUCUUUCAGAGUAUAAAGAUUUAUAUCCACUUUUUGUUUUUGAUGUAAGUAAACAAUCAGCAGUAUUAAAGACGUCAAUAAUAAAUGUUCAAUUUAAAACAAAAUUUAAUACAGCUGUUCCAGCAAAUAGUAUGGGAUAUGCUGUUGUAAUUUCUGAUUGA